UAAGUAUACAUUUGUAUUUGUUUUUGUGUUUAAAUUUAUUGUUCUAUGGGUCUAUUCUAUCUUUUCAAUUGCCUCGCGUUGGCUACCGGGCCUUACGUCCUGCUUUACAAAUCGUCCGGAAUAAUGACGGUCUUUCCAAAUGCAUCAACGUCGCGGUCGUUUACUGCCUUUCUCAAUUACUCAAAAUGUUUCUCACCACUUUGAUGCCCCAGAACAUUGUUCUCCCACUAGUGCUUAAACAGAUCUUAUAUGAUGCCUUGGGCGCUGGUGUUGAUCUCACGGCCUCAUUUUACUUCUUCUUGAGAAUGAUGGGACGUCAAGAAUCCGCCGUCACUAUCGUGACGAUGGGCUGGACAGUGUCUGAGCUGAUCCUGACGAAAUAUGUUCCUAUUUGGUCUGGGACUCGUGAGUUGGAGUUCAACUGGUUUUUCUUACAGCUGAGUUUUGAGGCGAACCUUGACCUGUUCGUUUCAACUGACUUGGUUAAUGCUAAGAAGAGAGGCCUCAGCAGUAUAUUUGCCGACCAGUAUCUUUCUCAUUGGGGCUGUAUCCUUGCGUCAGACAUUAUU